UGACCGAGAUUCUCAGGCCGUGGCUGUCUGGCACAUCUUCAGUUCACCUCACACUCAGGGUUCCUUGGGAAGGAGGUUCUGGAGCCGCAGUCCACCAUUAGGACGAUGAUCGUCAGGUUGCUCUUGGCUUUUAACUUCUUCCCCUCAAUUCAAGGAACAGAAAACAAGAUUUUGGUGAAGCAGUCUCCCAUGCUCGUGGUGCAAAACAACGAGGUAAACCUCAGCUGCAAGUAUACCUACAACCUCUUUUCAAAGGAGUUCCGGGCAUCCCUUUAUAAGGGAGCAGAUAGUGCUGUGGAAGUCUGUGUAGUGAAUGGGAACUUUUCACAUCCACGCCAGUUUCAUUCCACUACGGGGUUCAGCUGUGAUGGAAAAUUGGACAAUGAAACAGUGACUUUCUUCCUCAAGAAUCUGCACGUUAACCAAACAGAUAUUUACUUCUGCAAAAUCGAGAUCAUGUAUCCUCCUCCUUAUAUAGACAACGAGAAGAGUAAUGGAACCAUCAUCCAUGUGAAAGAGCAACAUCUUUGCCCAGCUCACCUAUCUUCGGAAUCAUCAACGUUCUUUUGGGUGCUGGUGGUGGUUUGUGGAGUCCUGGCUUUCUACAGUAUGCUGCUCACAAUUGUUCUUUUUUCUUGCUGGAUGACAAGUAAGAAGAACAGGCUCCUUCAGAGUGACUACAUGAACAUGACCCCCCGCAGGCCUGGGCCCACCCGCAAGCACUACCAGCCCUAUGCUCCAGCGCGGGACUUUGCAGCCUAUCGCUCCUGACAUGGACGCCUAUCCAGAAGCCAGCCGGCUGGUAUCCCUCCACCUGCUCACCAACACUGCUCUGGAUAGGAAAGAAUUGCCUCAUCUUCAGCCGGCCAUCGUGGGUCCCUGUUAGGCCACCAAUGUCAAUUUUUCCUAAGUGACUAGGCGCAAGAUCGUUCUGAAACUCUAAAAUGAAAUCAAGGAAAUUUGCCAUAGUGGGCUCUGUCUGGCAGGGCCAUGCUCCAAAUUCAAACUUGCCAUGUAUUUAUUGAUAUCAAGAAAGUAAAGUGGAUUCUGUUAGCCUUAAAAUCUGCUUCCAAGCUGC